UUCAAUCUCAAACGUUCAAUUGUUUGUUUGUUGUUGUUUUUUUCGAGAAGUAAAACUUUAAAUUCAAAAAUACAUACAGAAAUAACGAACAUAGUGAUCAAUGUCUUGUAAAAAACUGUGUUACGAAUAAAUCAAAGAACAAAAACAACGACCGAAUUAUUGUCGUGCAUUUUCAUGGGAGUUAAUAUUUGAAUAAAUUCAUUUUCUCGGUUUUUUCAUCUUUUUGUUUGAUUUUCUUUCUUCCGGUCAAACAGACUGAUUUCUUUAUUUCGAAAUAAAUAACAACGGUUUUUGCUUGAUGGAUUCGAAGAAAUAGCGGCCAAAAUAAGUGAUUGUAUUGUGGAAAAAAGUUUUUUUUUAAAUAUAAGAAAAAGGACAUUUACUGAAGAAAAUUAUCCGCUCAGCGAUUUUGUGGCAAAACCACCAAAAGCGCAACAAACGACCAAAACAAUGGGUUACAAAAAUAUAACAAUAAUUGAGUUAGUGCUGUUGAACGCAGCGUUGCUGUUGGGUGGUGCAUUUGCAGUUAUUGAAACGCAAGAGCAGUUACCAACAAAUGAGAAUCAACCGUUGUUAAAUAAUUUGGGUUCAGUGUCAUCGGCGGUGGCGGCAAAACUGAGCGAAUCAGCGGUACCAGGUGGUAAAAGUUCGCGUUACAUUAUUCGAUUUGCGCGUACGCCAAGUUCAAUGAUUCGAUUUUCUCGAUCGCCAUCAUCUCAAAUACGUUUCGGUCGAUCGUCGCAGCCAUUCGUACGAUUUGGCCGAAGUGGUAUAGCUGAUAGCGAUGUGUAUGGAAAUCGACCAAACAAUCGAUACACUGAGAAAUUUAUUCGAUUCGCUCGAAGUGGUGCCGAUGAUUUCUAUUCGCCCGAUGAACAUAUACAAGUGGAACCUCGCAGCGGUGGCGAUAGUGGAUUCAUUCGAUUUGGACGAAGUCAAAAUUUUGUCGCACCAUCACCGUCCAAAGCAGAUGCAUUGCGUGAAAUAAAUUGGCGAAACUUUUUAAGACUCGGUCGUAAUACAAAUGCUAAUAUUCGAUUUGCUGGCAAACGUGAUGGCAGUAGCACAACCAAUUUUCAUACGGUUCCGUUAAUGUUACUGGAAAAAUUUGCACAUGAUCAAAAAUCGGUACACAAUUCAAAUCCAGACACAGCGCAAGACGAACGAAAUUUUGUGGUAAACGAUGAUGAACAAUCUAUUGAUGGAAUCGAUUCAAAUGCCGAACAAUUUCAAUCGGUAUACAGUAAUGGCAACGAAUUAGAACAAAAUUGAUAGAAAUGAAAAUGUUUUAAAUGCGUAAAUUAGGGCAUAAAAAAGAGUUCUUGAA